AUGAAAUACGGCCAGCGCUUCGAGGAGGCUUCCGUCCCGGGCUGGAGUCUGCACAACAUCGACUACACUGCCCUGAAGCACCAGAUCAAGACACAUACCUCCAAGGCCCAGGCCACCGCCAUCGCAAUCCCGGGCCAGCAGGACCACGCCCUCGAGAAGUUCGAGAAUGCUUUCUACCACGAGCUGUGCAGCCAGCACGGCCGCGUCCAUCUCUUUGUCACCAGCAAGGCCGAUGAGAUCGCCCGCCGUCUACGUCACCUCUCCGACCUCUUAAACCAGCUGAUAAUACGAUGUGCCGACUCCCGUGGCGUCUCUGUCAAGCGACAACGACGCUUCUCGAGAUACCAAUCGCAAAUUGAAGAGUGCGGCCGGGAUACCAGGGCACUGGCCAGGUUUGUCGACGCUCAAGUUACCGCCUUUCGCAAGAUCCUUAAGAAGUACAAGAAGUGGACCGCUUCCACCACCCUGAGCGCUCGGUUCAACGAGAACGUUCUCGGUUCCCCCAAGAGCUUCACGACGCGGGACCUUCGGCCACUACAGCUGCAGUAUCAAGAGUUGCUCCUUACCCUCGAGGCUGCAUCGCCUGUCGGCACAACCGCAUCCGAACUAUCGCAAUCCCGAUCGCCUUCCCGCCGCGGCAGUAGGCGACGCGCUCACACACCACCGGCGCUCAUUACAACAUAUUGGAACGAAUACGAGCACGGCAGCGAGGCCGGAGAUUACGGCGACCACGACGACGGUGCGUACGCCAUUUACAUCGACCCCGACGCGAGCGCCGACAUUCCGGGCCUCGUGUAUAUCAAGACCCUGUUCACGGCGCCCGUCGACAAGAUGCGGCACUGGCUGAAGAGAUCACGGGUAACAUCCGCUUCUUCCGGCAGCACAAUAGUAGCAUCACCAUCAUCGCCGGAGACGCAAUCACUACUCAACCACGACAAUCGCAAUAAUAAUAACCGCCAUACAAACAACCGUACCACGAUAGACUCCAACACCACACCCACUGACUACUUCAGCAUCACCCGCCCAGCCACCACUCCGACGACCGAUGCCGAAGCCACCGACGAGGAGUACACAUCGUCCGAUGACCAACGCCACCUGGGCUCCCGCUCGUUUGGCGGAGAGGCGGCCCUCGUGCACCACAAAGUGGCCAUAUAUCGAGAUCGCAUCCUAACCCGAAGCGUUGUCCUGGCAUUCGCGGCCGCAUUUGUGCUGCUCAUAAUAUCGGGUGUGCUGAUCGCGACGGGACGGCAUCGACAGCGCCUCGAGGUCGACGCGGGCGUAACGGUUGGCUCAGUUGCUAGCCUGUUCUGCGCUUGCAUGGGGCUUGGCGCCAUGUUGUACCGCCAGUUCCCAACUGGGUACAUGUAUUGCUCCGCCGUGUGGAUAACAUUCUUAGCCCUAUGCGUGCUGAAUGGGAUGUUGCUUGUGCUCGUGGUAGGGAGUAACGGCUUAUGA